UACAGAAAUGUACGGGAAAAUAAAUAGAGAGUAUGUGAAAUACCGCCCAUUUAUACACACCUGGAAAAUAGGAGAUUUGUCCUAAAUUGUAAAUCAGCCACUCCACCCUCCAAUCACCGUUUUCCACCACCGUAAUCUUCCGCAGCGCUGGUUAGGCUCACGGCGGCCGCCGCCGGCUCGUUUCGUGUUCUAUUGCUUAUUUGCUCGUGUAUCGAUUUGGUCGGAGCUUCCGCUCCUCGCGCGUUAAAUAGUUAAUCGUGCUCUUUGUUUUCCGGUUUUCUUGCCUACUUCAGAAAUUGCCCUUGUUUUGCGUGGGACUUGAUACUCGAUUCCAACUAUUUUAUUAUGGUUUUUGUAUCUACAUGUUGGAAGUCUGGUUCCAUGUGGUGUAUUACAUAUUUAUCGGCCUAAAGUAAAGAUGAAUUUACAAACGCACCAUUCACGACAGAUUUCUGGAAAGGUACCUAACCAAGCUGGUAAUAUGUUGCCUGGGCUACCACAGCAGACUGGAAAUCCUGUAACUAACCAGAUGCAUAAUCCCAAUAUUCAUCGCAUGGAUCCUGAAAUUGGGAAAACACGCAAAUAUAUGCAAAUGAAGAUCUUGGAAUUUCUUAUGCAUCGUCGUCAACAAACUCAGGAAGUACCAAAAAAGAAGAUGGAGGAUUUGGUGAGGCGCUUAGAAGAAGGUUUGUACAAGACUGCUACGACGAAGGAGGAAUAUCUAAACCUGGAAACUUUGGAAAGUCGUUUAUCCAUCCUGAUUAAACCCCUUACUAUGAGCAAUCACAACCAGCAGUUUUCACAUGCUAAUUCUUCAGCUUCUAUCGGUACAAUGAUUCCGACUCCUGGAUUUCAACAAACUGGUACGUCAAGCUUUGUUGGAACUUCAUCCAUGGACAGUUCACCUGUCGCCAUCAAUAGCUCCAACGCAACCAAUCUCAGUUCUGGGAGUUUAUUGCCAAGUCGAAAUGGUUCUUUUAGUUCCUCCGAUGGAGCUUUGACUAGUGGAUUUCAGCAAUCGUCACCUGCGUUCUUGGUCAAUAACAGGGGUAGUAACACAGCGACACCCUUGGCUGUACAGAGGAUGGCCAGUCAAAUGAUGCCUACUCCUGGAAUGAAUAAUUCUAACAACAAUUACAUGAAUAUUAAUGCUAAUAACCACACACUCAUGAACGCGGAGUCAUCAAAUAGUCGUGGUGUUGAACCUACAAGUGCAUCACAGCCUAUGCUGCAAAAACAGCAUGUGGGUGGCCAAAAUAGUCGUAUCUUACAUAACAUUGGUGGGCAUAUGGGCGGUGGAAUCAGAUCUACAUUGCAGCAGAAGUCCCUUGGGAUAUCAAAUGGGACAUUAAAUGGAGGGUUGGGAACUGGAUAUGGAAACCCCACCAAACCCUUGCAUCAACAUUUUGACCAACAUCAACGACCAAUAAUACAGGGUGAUGGAUAUGGAGUUGGUGCUGCUGAUGUUUCAGCAUCCGGAAACUUGUACGGGUCAACGAUGAACAACCAGAGCUUGAAUACUGGAUCCAUGCAAUCCAUGUCGAGAACAAGCUCUCCGUUGAUGACAAACAAUCAGUCAAAUGUAUACUUUACUCAACAGGGGAGAGCUAUGGAGCCACAGUCAAUUGAUCAACCAGAUAAAAUGCAUUUCGAAUCACAGUAUUCGGUAAAAGAUAAUCUCGUACAACCUCAUCAGCACCAACAGUUUCAAAACCCAUCUCAACAGUUUCAGCGCUGGGAACUUGCUCAGCAUCGUGUUCAACAGAAAAAACAAAUGGAAGAUCAGAGUUUGGCGACGAGCGAUUCUUUCAAUCAGUCCCAGCUAUUAUCUAAUAAUAUUGUUUCCGAGGCAAAGUCUAUGACUGGAAUAGAGCAUUGUCAUGAAGGUCUACAGUCACAAGUCUCCAACGCUUUCCAUCUUUCCGAUAUGCAGAAUCAAUUACAACAGAGCACUUUGGAAGACCAUUCUAGAGCCACUCAGAUUUUGUCACAUCAGUCUGGUCCGCAGGAUGUCUUUUCAGCACGACAAUUUGUUGCCAACCCUCACAGUGAUUCUUCUGGUGGCAUCCAACCAGAUUUGGGAUUCCAUGGUCAACGGUAUUCCAAUUCCCAAGAUGUACCUUUAUCAGGCAGAAGUGUGCAAGACGAGUUUCAUCAAAGAGUAACUGGCCAAGAUGUAGCUCAGCCAAAUAAUUUAUCCUCAGAAGAAUCAAUGAUUGGCCAAUCUGUUACUUCUAGAUCAACAGAGCCUCUCAAUACAAAUGAUGCUGUAUGUCAGUUUAAUAAGAUGUCUCGUGAAAAGCAGUUCUUUAACCAACAGAGAUGGCUGUUGUUUUUGAGACAUGCUGGACGAUGUCCUAGCGUAGCUGGGGAAUGCUAUGUUAACUGCUUAACAGCUCAGGAGCUGUUGAAACAUAUGAAAACUUGCAAUGACAAAGGAUGUGGAUACCCUCGUUGUGAUGUAUCGAAGACUUUAGUCAAUCAUAAUAAGUUAUGUCGAGAUGCAAAGUGCCCUGUUUGCAUUCCUGUUAAGUGUUUUGUACGGGACCAUGUACAGGUACGUGCUCGUUCUGAUUUCGCUUCUGUGCUGCCUAGUUCAGUCAAUGGAUCUUGCAAGUCCCAUGAUAUUGCUGAAAUUCCGGGAAGGUCAACUGCAGAGACGGGCCUAGUUAUAGCUGAAACUCCAGAAGAUUUACACCCUCCUAUUAAGCGCACAAAAACUGAACAAGGCUCCCAGUCUAUUGUCUCAGAAAGUGAACGUCCUGUUGCUUUGACUUCUACAGUAAAUGAUAGCUAUGUCCAGGAUGCACAGCAUACCGAACAGAAGUACGAUCCUCAUUUUCCAUUGAAACCUGAAAUUACUGAAGUAAAAAUGGAGGUUCCUGGAAGUGUUGGACGGAUAAGCCCCCAAAAGACCGAGAUGGAUGAUGCCUACAUACAAAGUCCUGUAGGUGAUCCUAUUGCACAGAGUAAUCCUGCUGGAUUUGGUGGGCGGGAGGUCAUAAAGUCUGAGAUCGAAGUGGGGCAGCCUAAACUGGAAAACAGUUCAGUACCUUCCGAGAAUACAUCCAAGUCUGGAAAGCCGAAAAUAAAGGGAGUAUCAAUGAUAGAAUUGUUCACCCCUGAAGAAGUCCGUCAGCACAUUAUGGGUCUCAGACAAUGGGUUGGCCAGAGCAAAGCAAAAGCAGAAAGAAAUCAAGCAAUGGAGCAUUCGAUGAGCGAAAAUUCUUGCCAGUUGUGUGCAGUAGAGAAGCUUAACUUUGAACCUCCUCCUAUCUAUUGUACACCUUGUGGUGCUCGCAUUAAAAGAAAUGCUAUGUAUUACACCAUUGGAAGUGGUGAAACUCGUCACUGCUUCUGCAUUCCAUGCUAUAAUGAUGCUCGUGGAGACACCAUUGUAGUAGAUGGGACUACUGUUCCAAAGGCAAGAGUUGAGAAGAAGAAAAACGACGAGGAAACUGAAGAAUGGUGGGUUCAAUGUGACAAGUGCGAAGCUUGGCAACAUCAAAUAUGUGCAUUAUUCAAUGGUAGAAGAAAUGAUGGUGGACAAGCUGAGUACACUUGUCCAAAUUGCUAUAUGGCAGAAGUUGAAAGAGGAGAACGUGUGCCAUUACCACAUAGUGCUGUUCUUGGAGCAAAGGAUUUACCCCGAACAAAUCUGAGUGAUCACUUGGAGCAACGGCUAUUUGCAAAACUGAAGCAAGAGAGGCUGGACAGAGCAAGGUUUCAAGGCAAAAGUUACGAUGAGGUUCCCGGAGCAGAAGCACUUGUUGUAAGAGUGGUAUCAUCAGUGGACAAAAAGUUGGAUGUUAAACCACGGUUUCUUGAUAUUUUCCAAGAGGAAAAUUAUCCAAUAGAGUUCCCAUAUAAAUCUAAGGUUGUGCUAUUAUUUCAAAGAAUCGAAGGUGUUGAAGUAUGCCUGUUUGGCAUGUACGUCCAAGAAUUUGGAUCUGAAUGCGAGCAGCCAAAUCAUCGCAGAGUCUACCUCUCGUACCUGGACUCUGUUAAGUAUUUCAGGCCAGAGGUCAGAGCAGUCACGGGAGAGGCUCUUAGGACCUUUGUCUACCAUGAAAUUUUGAUUGGAUACCUCGACUAUUGCAAAAGGCGAGGUUUUACUAGCUGUUAUAUAUGGGCUUGCCCUCCAUUGAAGGGUGAGGACUACAUUUUGUACUGCCAUCCAGAAAUUCAAAAGACACCAAAAUCUGAUAAACUUCGGGAGUGGUAUUUGUCGAUGUUGCGAAAAGCGGCAAAGGAAAAUGUUGUAGUUGAUCUCACUAAUCUGUACGAACAUUUCUUUGUUUCGACCGGUGAAUGUAAAGCGAAGGUAACUGCAGCUCGGUUACCAUACUUUGACGGAGAUUAUUGGCCUGGUGCUGCGGAGGACAUCAUCUUUCAACUCCAGCAAGAAGAGGAUGGGCGGAAACAACAUAAGAAGGGCACUAUGAAAAAGAGCAUCAUCACCAAAAGAGCUUUAAAGGCGUCUGGCCAAACUGACCUUUCUGGCAAUGCAACAAAGGAUCUCAUGUUAAUGCAUAAACUUGGUGAGACAAUAUCACCGAUGAAGGAAGAUUUUAUCAUGGUUCACUUACAGCCCGCAUGCUCGCACUGCUGCAUUCUAAUGGUUUCUGGAACUCGUUGGGCUUGUAAACAGUGCAAAAAUUUUCAGCUUUGUGAUAGGUGCUACGACGCCGAACGAAAACGCGAAGACAGGGAGAGACAUCCUAUCAACCAAAAGGACAAGCAUGCACUCUAUCCCGUGGAAACAACUGGAGUACCAGAUGACACCAAAGACAAUGAAAAUCUCGAGAGUGAAUUCUUCGACACAAGGCAGGCAUUCCUUAGUCUUUGUCAAGGAAACCAUUACCAGUACGACACUUUACGUAGAGCUAAGCAUUCAUCCAUGAUGGUCCUUUAUCAUCUUCAUAAUCCUACCGCCCCAGCUUUCGUGACGACAUGUAUUAUAUGUCACCUCGAUAUAGAAGCUGGGCAGGGUUGGCGCUGUGAGACAUGCCCCGAUUAUGAGGUGUGUAAUGCUUGUUAUCAGAAGGAUGGAGGAAGAGACCAUCCUCAUAAGUUGACCAAUCUUCAAUCUAGUGACCAUGAUGACCAGAAUAAAGAAGCUAGGCAGUUGCGAGUUACACAGCUGAAGAAAAUGCUUGAGCUUCUGGUACACGCUUCUCAAUGCCGGUCUCCACAUUGUCAGUAUCCAAAUUGUCGCAAGGUCAAGGGACUUUUCCGACAUGGUAUGGUCUGCAAAGUACGUGCUUCAGGAGGUUGUCCUUUGUGCAAGAAAAUGUGGUACCUCCUUCAGCUUCAUGCUCGAGCUUGCAAAGAAUCCCAAUGCAACGUCCCCCGUUGCAGAGACUUGAAGGAGCACAUGAGAAGGCUACAACAGCAGUCCGAUUCAAGACGAAGGGCCGCUGUAAUGGAAAUGAUGAGACAACGUGCUGCCGAGGUUGCAGGUAGUUCUUGAUCGCCCAGUUGUAUAUAUAGAAACCCAAAUUUAUUAUAGCUUGUUUUAACUUAUUCCGUUUAAGAGUGAGCCAGAAAAAAAAAACGAUUUUCCAGAGUUGAGAACUACAAUUUUUGAACUCACAAUAGGAUUUGAAAAUAUGUUAAUUUUCUCAUGGCGCCAAAAAAAUUACAAAGAAAAAAAAAGGAGAAAAGAGGAAAUCGGGGAGUUACGUAAUCGUUUGUCGUUUGGCUUACGAUACAUGCGUUUAUUUAUACAUGUCGGUAUGAGUUUGGUAGGUAUGUUUAUAGGUCAGAGACUGCUUGAAGCUACUCUAUUUUAGAUAGAGAACAGUGUAUAAAUUAUCUCUGUACUUUUUUUUUUUUUGGGUAUCAGUAAAUUGUAAUUUCAUUGAUCCUAAUUGUGUAUUAUUUUUAUACUUUACAGUCGAUCAGAUCGUA